AUGGCCACAGUGGCUCUCCUGAACUUAGCACCAUCUCACCUCUGCUUCCCUUCAAGCACAGCAGCUGCUUUCUCGUGGACAAACGCUGCUGACAUGCACGUCACCAGGCCAAAAUCUGCCAAGGGACGCACAAGGCCAAACUUCAAUUACUCUCAGAGCGUGGAAGCCUGUCCUUGCCGAGUGCCAUCUUCCCCACCACCAGCAGCUCCCCGUGAAUUAGUGAACAGCCAGAGAGCAUCGUUCACAAAACCAGCAUUCCUGGCCAGCCAGGUGUCUCCUGAGGAAAUCCCGGAGCUCCUGCGGCAAGUGCCUUUGAGGACCUCCUCUUCCCUGAACAAGUACAGGGUGCUCCCUUCCAUCGGCUGGAAAGGCGCAGGGAGUGGUGCUGUGGAAGCGGUGGCUGAACAGACUGACCGGCUGAAAGUGAGCAGGGGGCGGGAGGACGCUCUGAAAAUCAAAAUCCUUUCUGGAGAACAAGACUCUGCCAGUGUGUUGUCAGAAAGUGAUGUCCCUGAUGAAGGGAGCUCACAUGUGCGACUUCCUUCUGAGAAGCUGGGAAGGAAAAUGAGGCAAGAGAGCCCUUCGACGUCAACGAGUCCUUUGACGUCAACUUUAAGUUUGGAAGAGCCGCCGAAAGAAGAGUCACACUUCCUGCUUGCUAUUCGAUCUCCCUGUGGUCAGAGAUUUGAACAUCAUUUCAAGCCCACUGACAGUCUCCAGACAGUCCUUGCCGUGGCAGAACAGAAAAUGUCGGCCAAAUACAAACGCUGCAGCGUUGAAACAAUGGAGGUGCCCCGAAGGAGUUUCUCUGACCUUACGAGGUCCCUCCACGAAUGUGGGAUUCUCCACAAGUCCGUGUUGUGCAUCCGACAGAAAGAGCAGCACGACACCGGUCUUUAGGCGCACAGAGAUGCUGCCACACCGCCUUGGGUCAUUCUGCUGAGUGGGAUGUGUUAAUUCUUCUGAAAAACUGGGAAACUGAUGUUUCUUGGGCCUACUUCUUCAUCUUGCCAUCUUCCCAAAAUUCUCUGUGAAGCAGACUUGUGUAUAUGUGUUGAAAUAGUAUAUUUCAAGCAAGAUAUACUUGCUACAUAAAUAGCAUCUUUUUUCACAGGUGCCAUCACAAAUUGCUUCCUGAGUGCCACUGACGUUUGGCCUUUUUGGUUUUUUGAAAUUGCCGAUGUUCUUCUUUGAAAACUGAAGUUUCCGAGACCUCUCCCCUUGACCUUUUCUACAUUUCAGGAAGGUACCACUUUGCAGAGUGGAGCCGGAUGCAGAGGCACCUAUUUGGGAAGGUAGAAACGGAACUGGUUUACUCUGGAGGACCAUCUUCAGUAGGUUAUCAUCAUCCUGAACAUCUUCUCGAGAAUGACUGAAAAGGAGAUCAAACCCAAACCCCAUCUGGAAAUAACAGUAAUAACCUGUUAAUGGAUUAUUGUGAAGUAUUAAAUUGCAAGACCUGUGAAGGCUCAGCUCUUUCUGGAUAACCUCAGUGCAGCUUUUAACAGUGUGACUAUAUCAUCUUUUUAAGAACAGAUAGUUAUUAUUUUGGCAGUAUUGGUGAACAGCAGGAUUUUCUACCUAGUUUUCCUUCUCUCAUUCGACUUGUGUGACCCAUAGGUAAGAGUAGAUGGAUAGUUACGAUGAGAUGUUAUAAAAUACUUCCAUUUAACAACUUUACACUGAAAUGAGUUAUUCCAAGAAAGCAAGUGCUGCUUUGAGAAUUUUUAAAUAAAAAUACAUUAAUUGGAUUUG